ACAGAAUACUACCAAAAGGACUCGUACUCCGAGUACAACUGCAACGAGCCACUGUUGGAGCAUGCCAAGCUGACUGCCACCUCGCAGCUUCGGGAACGUGGGCCGGAAAAUGCCCGCCUCAACGUUGGCAGCUCUGGUUGUCAAAUUAUCACCUCUGCUUGCUGUACGAUGUAAACACAUCUCAUUCAUUGCGUUGUACAUUUGUUUGCCAAUUUCGUCCGUGUACAACGAUAUCCCCGGAAGUGGCGCUCAUCGACGAACGACAGCGCAGCCCAAAGGACAUCAGUAUUCCACCACAGUGUAAAUGCGUUCAAACGGAGCGAUGCACAUCCGCAGCAAUGGACACGCCCGCUGGGCAUUUGACCUUUCCAGUUGGCAACCGAGUUGGACAGAACUGCUGCUGGCAACAUCGUGCGUUCAGCCCGAUGAGAAGCGGCGGUUGGCGAAGUUUGUGUUCCGGGAUGAUGUGCAUGCGUCACUGAUUGGCCGGCUAAUGAUGCGACGGUUUGUGCAUCUGGCGACGGGACUGGAGUAUGACCGGAUUGAAUUUGAUCGAGAUGGAAAGGGGAAGCCGUUUCUCAAAAACCCGGGAUUCGCAGUGAAUUUUAACGUUUCCCAUCAGGGGCGAUACUGCGUGUUGGCCGGACUGGCAGGCGCGUCGGACAGACAGUUGCCGAGGAUAGGCGUGGAUGUGAUGAAAAUCGAAUACGCUGGCGGAAGGCCGCUCUGGGAUUUCUUUCGAUUGAUGGAUCGGAACUUCUCCGAAGAAGAAUGGAUGUAUAUACGGAGCCACCAAAGCGAAAGUGAACAGCUGGAGGCUUUCAUCCGGAACUGGUGUUUGAAGGAGAGCUACGUGAAGAAUGUUGGCGUUGGAAUAGCCGUGGAUUUGCGAAAGAUUAGUUUUAAGAUUGGAACGAAAGUUUUGGACACUGAGAAAGUGAUUUAUGAUAGCACAUUAAGACUGAACGAUGAACUUUUAAAGGAUUGGCGUUUCGAAGAAUCUCUUAUCGAUAAGGAUCACUGUGUAGCGGUUGCUUUCGAGCAUAUGCAUGACGGAGUCGACUUGUCUGAGAACUGUUUUGAAACAGUUGGGUUUGAAGCAUUGGUGGAAGCUCAUAAGCCUCUGCUGGCAAUUGAUGAGAACUAUUGUGAGGACAUUAUUAGUAAGGAAUACAAAACUAAGAAAUAAAGUUAUGUUAUUGAUUUUUUA